AUGGCUUCAGCAGUGUCGCCAGAGAACACACCGCCAAGACGCGAAUCGACUCAACCGACGGACGACUCGUCGUCCCGGCAUCGGCGGCUUGACGUCGCCGUGAUCGGCGCAGGCGCCGCGGGACUGGCCGCUGCGCGCGAGCUGAUGCGAGAAGGGCAUGUCGUGACUGUGAUUGAAGCGGGGGGUGAAAUAGGCGGCGUGUGGGCUUAUGACGAGCGGAUAGAAACGGAGGAUCUGCUAGGGUUGGACCAGAACCGGCAACAGGUCCAUAGCAGCAUGUACGCGUCGCUAAGGACGAAUUUACCCCGAGAAUUAAUGGGUUAUCUGGACUUUCCCUUCUCCGCGCCUUUACCUGGCGAUCAUCCCGAUGCUGACGUGGACCCGCGCGACGGAACUAGCGCGGAUUCGCGACGGGACGAUGCUGAUCUGCGACGGUUUCCGUCGCACAGGGAGGUGCUGCGAUAUCUCCGUCGGUACGCGGAUACAUUCAAAAUCUCGAACCGCGUGGAGCUCCACUGUAGAGUGAUCUCGGCCGUCCCUGUGAUUUCCCGCCAAGCAGCCGCUGAAGAAAGCGGGGAAGGCGGAAGGAAAGGGGGAGGCGUCGCAAAGGUGGGGAAUGGAGCGGAAGCGGAAACCAGCCAAGCGGAAGCGGGGAAAGAGGGGAACGUGGGGAAUGCGCAUGGGGAGGGGGAGAAUUGGGAUCUCCUAGAGACGACCGCGGAAGGGGCUGAGGCUCCUGUUGUUAGAUGGCGUCUUAAGAUUGCUCGGUCUAGACCGCAUAGGAGUAUUAGUACCGAUAGAGGGAGUUUAGGGACUCGGAAGGAGAAAUUAGUUUGGCCUACGUCUGCUUCUGAGGGAGAUUCGGGAGGUGCAGCAGCAGGGCUUGGGGAUGGGAAGAGGAUAGAAGUGAGGGAGGAAGGGGGAGUGGAGGAGAGGGAGUUUGAUGCGUUGCUGGUGUGUAACGGUCACUACUCACAGCCCAAGAUUGCAACUAUAGCGGGUGUGGACACGUGGCCAGGCAUUCACAUGCACAGCCAUAACUACCGCCACCCAGAGGGGUUUGCAGGCCAGGUGAGGCGAGAGGGGUUUGUGGGCAAGGUGGUGGUGGUGGUGGGAGCGGAGGCGAGUGGGCAGGACAUAGCGAGGGAGGUGGCGGCAGUGGCACGAGAGGUGCACAUCUGCGCCCGGGGCUGGCGCUCCCCCCCUGCUGCUGCUGCCACUGGUGGUACUGGUGCGAAAAAUGGUGCUGGAGUUGCUACUGCUGGUGGUGCUGCUGCUGCUGUUGCUGCUGUUGCAGUCACCGGGGAAAUAGAGGCGGGGUAUUUCGAGGAUCUCAGAGGCAGAGUGCAGCAGCAUCCCAUGGUCAGUAGUGCCCAACCCAAGAUCAAGCAAGCCAAUCCUGAUGGUACAGUGGAGUUUGAAGAUGGGUUCACAUGCCAUGCUGACGUCAUCAUGCACUGUACCGGCUACCACUACUCCUUCCCCUUCCUCGCCCUCCCCACCUCCCUCCUCUCCGUGGAUACCGGCCGUGUGACUCCUCUGUUCCGCCACGUGCUCCCUCCCGCAUUCGGCCCCUCGCUCUCCUUUAUCGGCUUGCCCUGGAAGGUCGUCCCCUUCCCGCUGUGUCAGCUGCAGGCGCGGUGGGUGGCGCAGCUGCUGUCCAGCCAGCUGCCCGUGCCGCCCAGAUCCGAUAUGGAGGGCGGCGUGCGUCGUCUGUAUGCGCGCAUGGAGGAGCAGGGCGUGCCUGAGAGAUACGCCCACAGGCUGGAUAUGGAGCAGUUCCCCUACAUGGACAGCCUCAGCACAGACUGUGGGGGCACCCCCCUGCCAGCAUGGCGGAGGGAGAUGUACGAAGCGGUGAGGCGGCUGAAGAAGGCCUUUCCAGGGUCGUACCGGGAUGAGUGGAUGGAGUGGGGCCUGGUGGCUGCUGCACAGGAGGACUUUGAGGGCUUAUUGCAGGAACUAGAGUGCAGUAUCAAGCAGUGA